UGGAGCUGCAGCCCCAGGCUCAGAGCACAGCGGCGUCGGGGGUUACAGGAGCAGGUUUCCCUGCACAAGGAACCCUCACCGACCCAGUGACCAGGGGUCUGUGGCACUGAUGUCCUCGCUGGCUGCCCCACAGAUGGCUUCGGCAGCACGAGUACGUGGAGAAGCUCAACAUGCACGGCAUCCUGAGCGCCUCAGCGGGCCAGGAGCAGCUCCUUACCGAGCUGCUGGUCACCCAUGCCAAGAUUCCUGUUCUCAUUGGGGAGCUGAUCUCUGUGGAGAUCUGGAAGCACAAGAUCUUUCCCGUGCUGUGCCGGCUGCAGGACUUCAAGCCGAGGAGCACCUUCCCCAUCUAUGUGGUGCUGCACCAUGAAGCCUCCAUCAUCAACCUCCUGGAAACAGUGUUCUUUUACAAGGAGAUCUGCGAGUCAGCAGAGGACAGCAUUCUGGAUUUGAUUGAUUAUUGCCAUCGCAAGCUGACCCUGCUGGCAGCUCGGAGCACCAAGGCACAAGCAGUGACCUCAGCAGAGCUUCGUGCUGAGCAUCUGGCCAGCCCCUCAUCCAUGCAGGAGCUGCAGAAGCAGGCAGAGAUGAUGGAGUUUGAGAUCUCCCUGAAGGCCCUGUCCGUGCUGCGGUUCAUCACUGACCAGGUGGACAGUCUGCCCCUGAGUGCACUGACACGGAUGCUGAACACCCACAACCUGCCCUGCCUCCUUGUCGAGCUAGUGGAGCAUUGUCCCUGGAGCUGUUGGGAAGCAGGCAAACUCAAGAAGUUUGAGAAUGGCACAUGGCACGUGGUGCCCCCUGAGGACCAGGUGAAGAUGACCAAACUGGACGGGCAGGUGUGGCUUGCCCUCCUCAACCUCCUGCUCAGUCCCGAGUGCCAGCACAAAUACCGCUUCGAUGGCUUCAACAAGAGCCAGCUCCUCAAGCUCCGUGCGUUCCUGACAGAUGUCCUCAUUGACCAGCUGCCCAACCUGGUGGAGAUGCAGAGAUUUCUGAGUUACCUUGCAGUGACAGAGCCUGCUCCCCCCAAAAAGGAUCUCAUCCUGGAGCAGGUUCCUGUCAUCCGGGACCAUAUCCUCAAGAAAAACUCAGGGAAGUGGGAGGCCAUUGCCAAGCACCAGGUGAAGCAUGCCUUCAGCCUCACUGAGGAGGAGCUGAAGCUCCAGGCACGUAGGUGGGCACAGACCUACAGCCUGGACAUGAUGGAGGCUCUGGCCCCUGACAAGCCCCGCUGCAGGGUGUGUGGUGUAGAAGCAGCCAAGCGCUGCUCUCGCUGCCGGAACGAAUGGUACUGCACACGGACUGGGGCUGCAUCCACCCCCUCUUGGUCUAAUGCUGGGCUGUAUCAGGUCUCUCCCAGAUCCCAGAGGAGUGUGGUGCUCCCACAAGCACUACAAGGGGAAUUUGUCCUUCUUGCUGCGUUGCCCUAGGGAUAGAUGUGGCUCCACUGCCCCUGACAGCAG